AUGUAUCUACACAGACACAUCUCUCUCCUCACUGAUACAUCACAGCGUCCCAACACCCGGUUCCGAUUAACUGCGGUGGAUAUAUGUGCCUUUUCACGAAGUCCGGCCCAGCAUGUGAUAUCUGCUGGCCCAGAUCGCAAUGAGUCUCUUGGUUGGCGUCAUGUUCCUGUUCAUCACAUUCGGCCACCGCUGCCUGUAACAACCAAAUCACGCAUCGAUCUACAAACUGUCAUUCCACGGGUGUUCCUCUUUGUCCAAAAUUGUACUCUGAGAUGCGGUGAUUCAUCCAUCGAAAUUGAAAUACUCGUCGACUGA